UGCUUUUUACACUCUUUUUAGUAUGCAGUUGAAAAUGAGGAACUUGUGCAGCAUUUGGGAGCAGCUAAGGAUGCCCAACGGCAACUCACAGCUGAGUUACGAGAGUUGGAAGACAAGUACGCAGAGUGCAUGGAAAUGCUUCAUGAGGCGCAGGAAGAACUUAGGAACCUGAGAAACAAAACUAUGCCCAAUGUCAUUUCCCGGCGCUAUCACACUUUGGGGGUUUUUCCUUUGGACUCAUUAGCAGCUGAGAUAGAAGGAUCCAUGAGGAAAGAACUGCAAAUGGAUGAGCCUGACUCUCCUGAAAUGAAUGGCAAUCACCAUAAACGAGUAUUCGAAACAGUGAAAAAUGUAAAUCAGGUUGUCAAACAGAGAUCACUGGCCCCUUCUCCGAUGAACAUCCCAGGAUCUAACCAGUCAUCAGCAAUGAACUCUUUAAUGUCUAGUUGUGUGAGCACACCACGUUCCAGCCUGUAUGGCGGGGAUGUAUCCAACAUUGUUAUUGAUAACAAGACAAAUAGCAUUAUCUUAGAAAGUGAGUCCUCUGAAAAUAGAUCAUUGUCUACAGUACAUAUUUGCUACUUUGAAAUAUCUUUCAUAUUUCUUUGUGGAAUACAAUAUAACAUCUAUGUCUUCCUGGGUUAUUCUUUAUAUUUAAAUACAGUAAUAUGAUGUAAAUAACUUUGU